GCAGAGUGCAGUUGCCAUGACAAAAGAUGCACCCUCUCUGAUCCAGAUGGUAGUGGUAGCCACACUGGAAAGCUUCUACAGUUCAACCAUGCUCAAGGUGCAAGCUCAUGAUUUCCUGUUUGGCUAUGACGACAAGUUCAUCUCUCUCAUUCAAGGGGCUGUUAAAUUUCUAAAUAAAGAAAUGCCUUUUGAAAAGUUUGGAAUCUUGGCAAUGAGGGCUGCAGAAACUAAGGAAAGAAUCACUGUUCGGACAGGCGCGGGGGACCUGAACAGUAUCGGGGUGGUGACAGCCGUCAAUGGCCAGGAGAAGCUGACUGCGUGGGAUGAUGAUGAGUGUAAUAGGGUUGAUGGCAGCGAUGGAAUGUUCUUUCCACGCCUUGAAAUCAACCGAUCUGCCAAGCUUUACCUCUUCCACAAAGAUCUGUGCAGGAAGUUGCCUCUUAUAUUUGAAGAUGAAGUGGAUUUCCAAGAUGGGGUAAUGGGGAUGCGGUUCCAUCCACCACAUAAUGUGUAUAACACGACCGGCAGCUGCUACUGCAAACAUGGAGUUUGUCCUCCUGUAGGGGUCUUUGAUGUCUCUCCCUGUGCAAUGGGUGCUCCAAUCAUGAUGUCAUUCCCUCACUUCCUGAAUGCAGAACCGUCAGUCACAGCUCAUCUUGAGGGGAUUCAUCCAGAUGCCUCAAGGCAUGAUUUCUUUAUUGAUGUUCAGCCUAUACUUGGAUUUACUUUAGGAACUGUAUCGAGAAUUCAGUUAAAUCUUCAAAUAAGAAAAUCUCAACGUAUAUCUCUCCUGGAGGAGUUUGACGAUGGUACUAUACUACCUGUUGUCUGGUUUGAAGUUACGGCAGAUCGUCUUCCACCAGACCUGUUCAAGAUGAUCUAUCAUGCGUCAGUGACUGUACCCUUGAUCCAGAAUCUGUUGAAGUGGGGAAUGUUGGUAACCUGUGUUUCCAGUGCCUGUGGUGUGCUGAUGUGCUGGCCCCGCCGCAAGCUGACCCCAGUCACUUCCACCCUCGCAGUCGUCUCCCCACCAACAUCCGAAAUCAUCAUCCUCAGACUAACCUCUGUCUAAAUUACCAAUCAACUGUUAUUCUGUGCACAUUAAACAAUACUGUAUGUAACAAA